GAUUUUAAACGACCAAUUUAUGAUGAACUUCGGGUCGAUCCACUUUUCCGUAAAAUCAGCAAACAUUCCGUUGGAUUUCAUGUUUUCAAAAUUGAGAACGAUCACAUUGAAAGUGUAACAAAAGAUCAAGUGGGAACAUUUUAUGAUGAGAAUGUCUACAUUAUUUACUCAUCAGCAGUAAAAGGAGCAUUCUCUGAUCAAAACACAAUAUCACGUGAAAUCAAAUCUACAGCCACUAUUGAGAGGUUUAUUCACGUAUGGUUGGGUGUUAAUUCAUCGCCUUUGAAAUCAAAGCAAGCAGCAUUAAAAAUCAUUGAAUUGGAUCUUCACUUACAUCAUAUGACUGCACAAUAUAGGGAAACUCAGGGGCAUGAGACAAAAAGAUUCUUGGCAUAUUUUAAAGAAUUUGGUUUCCUAGUUUUGUCAGGAAAUGACCAGAAAUCAACACCGGAAAUUCCACGUCUUUAUCAAAUCUUUGGCAAAACAUGUCCACGAUGUGUUCAAAUGAAAUCACUCAGUUGGUUGAAUUUUAACAGUGGGAAUGUGAUGAUUUUGCUAACACACCGAAUAGUGUUUGUGUGGGUGGGACGGUCGAGUAGUUCAAUCGAGCGUGUUCAUGCACUGAAUGUUGCUGGAAAGUUAAGGGAUUGUCAGGAAAUUGUUGUGGUUGAUGAUGGUUAUGAACAAUCAAUGGCAAACGAGUGCAAAUUUGAAUGGAACAAUUAUUUAAAUUUAAGAGAUCGUUUGGUUCACCCUCUCGUUGUUUCUCCAUCAUCACAAAAUAGUCCAUUUAAGCUUUAUAAAUGCACUAAUCUUAAUGGACUAUUUCGAGCUGAACAUAUAAAAACGGAUGCAAUUGAACAAAUCGAUUUGAUGGAUAAAAACUCGACAUUUAUUAUUGAUGGCGAAUCAAUGGGCAUUUGGAUUUGGAUCGGACGCAAUAUUUCGAAAGUCGAUAAAGCAGAAGGAAUGAGACAUGCUCGUGGUUACAUUAUAAAGCGUGAACAUCCGUCAUAUUAUCCCGUAUGUCGAAUUAUUGACGGUCAUGAGCCAAUUGAUUUCAUUUCACUUUUUCCACAAUGGAAUGAAAGUGAUUUCGGUACUUUUGUUUCCAGUCGACAGGUUCUUGAGAAGUUUGACGCAUUAACAUUAAUUCAACGUCCACAACUGGCAGCACAAAUGCAAUUGAUUGAUGAUGGUUCUGGAGAAGUAAAAGUUUAUCGUAUUGAUAGUGAGGACAUUACAGAUAUCCCGAAGCGUUAUGAACAGGUUUUCUACUCUGAAAAUUGUUACAUUAUUCAUUAUCAAACGCACGCCACAGUAAACAGUAAUCAUUCCAUUAAACAUAUCAUUUAUUUGUGGAUUGGUAAACAUAGUAAACAAAUGGAUAAGACAACUGGUGAAUUAUUCUUGACUGAAAUGUUUGAUCAUUUCGAUACUCAUGUUGCCCAAAUUCGUGUCAAUGAAGGUAUGGAACCACCACAUUUCUUACAAUUGAUGAAAGGAAAAAUGAUUGUCUUAAAUGGAUCUGAUUCUAAAGCCAACAAUCGCAAGUUCUCCUCAACUUAUAUUCUAAAAGUGAUUGGUAAUUCGUCAUACACAUCAAAAGCUGUUCAAGUUACUAAUAAAACAUCUCACUCUCCAACUGAUUGUUACAUUAUCAAAUCAGAUAGUGGAGCAGUUUGGGUUUGGUGUGGUCAUAGUUCCACUGGUGACACAAGAGAAAUGGCAAAAAAUAUUUCUGGAAUUCUUGGUGAACCAAAUUUAAUAAUGGAAGGAGCUGAAAAUGAAGAAUUUUAUGAAUCUGUUGGCGAUAAAUGUCUUAGUCAAAUGAAAACUUUACAACAUCUACUGGAAAUAACUUUAUGCAACACGUGGGACAAAUCGAGAGUUAAUUUAUAUUUGGUGUCACUUGUUCAAAGUCAAAUUCAUCUUGAACAAAUUUUUGCUUUUAAUCAAAUGGAUUUGACACCUGAAAAUAUUUAUUUGUUAGAUGCUGGAAGCAUAAUUUAUGUUUGGCUCGGAAAUUUAGUAGAUUCGGGCCAAAAACAAACAUCAUGGAUUGUUGCUUUACAUUUAAUUUCUAUUCAUCCAAUUCCAAGAAAUGUCACUGUUCCAAUUGCUGUCAUUAAACAAAGCUACGAACCGAUAACUUUUACUGGAUUUUUCGAUAAUUGGGAUCCGAAAUUGUUUGAGCUUUAUAAAGGUUUUGAAAAGCUUCGUAUACAUAUGAAUCUUCCGGGAACAUAUCCAGUGCCUUCACCGAGGAAAACAAAUACCGAUGAUUUUGCUGUUAAUGAGUUUGAUAAGCAUCAGAAAUAUCCACUUGAAAUGUUACGCGGUGAUCCAUUAAAUUUGCCCACGUAUAUUAAUCCAUCCAGAAAAGAAAUUCAUUUGACACAUGACGACUUUGUAUCUGUUUUUAAAAUGGAUUAUUUUGAAUUUGAAUCUUUACCCAAAUGGAGACAAACUCAACUUAAAAAAGAACAUAAAUUGUUUUAGGAACUAAG